UAGGAAUGUUGUUGUGGCAUAAACAUGAUGUGGAGAAGUCACUAGCUGAUCUGGCCAACUUCACUCCAUUUCCAGAUGAAUGGACCUUGGAAGAUAGGGUGCUAUUUGAACAAGCUUUCAGCUUUCAUGGAAAGUCCUUUCAAAGAAUCCAGCAGAUGCUUCCUGACAAACUAAUCUCCAGCCUGGUGAAGUAUUAUUAUUCAUGGAAAAAAACAAGAAUGCGUACAAGUGUGAUGGAUCGUCAGGCUCGCAAACUGAUAAGCAAACAAGAAAAAAUAGACAGUAAUGAUGAAAUCGAAGAUGGAACAGGAGGUAGCGACAGUGACUUUGAUCCAUCUGACCCAAAGAAAGAGCAAUCUGAUCAAAAACAGGCAACCAGCAAGUUGAUGCAAGUGAAAAAAGAGUUGCAUGCUUCUCAGUACCGUCACCAUCCUUCGCGUUCUCGCCAGCGGCCUCCAAAAGGAAUGUACUUGCACAAAGAUGACCUUGAUGUUUUGUCUGCUAGUCCAGAGGCAGCUGCUCUUGUUCUUUACCAACUAGAUGCCCAACUAGUAUCACUAAAACGGCAGGUCCAGAGCAUCAAACAGAUAAACAGCAAUCUGAAUCAUUGCGUUGAAGGAGGGAUUGCUGAGCUGAGACCCCCUGAGAUAAUUCCCAAGUUUAACUCUCGCUGGACCACUGAUGAGCAGCUUCUAGCAGUACAGGCCAUUCGUAAAUAUGGAAAGGAUUUCCAAGCAGUUGCAGACGUAAUAGGAACCAAAACUGCUUCACAAGUGAACUCUUUCUUUGUCAAUUAUCGUCGUCGCUUCAAUCUUGAAGAAGUGUUGCAUGAAUGGGAAGUGGACCAUGAUGUAAAAGGGAUCUGUGAUAACUUGGUGGCAAUGGAAGAUGGAAAGUGUUCCAGUGCUUUAAUGUCUGGCAGUGAAGGAGAAGAUGAGGUCCAGAAUGCAGGAGCCCCUACUACUACUUCACAGUCUAUACCCACGUCAGUAACCAUUCCUACGUCUGUGACCUUGUCUCAGCCUCCACCUUUGCUCAGACCAACUCUACCUACCACUCCUACUUUACAUCGUCAGCCUCCUCCAUUGCAGCAUGGUCGUUUACUUCAGGCAAGACCUUCUGUAAACCAUCCACCACCACCACCUCUGAUCCGCCCUGCUGUUGCUUCUCGACACAGUACAAAAUUAUCUUCAGCAGGAACUUGUGACCAAAUCCUUCCCACCCUAGUGGGAGUUAAAGUGGAACCACCUUCCACUGGAUCACAUUAAGUGUUUGCAGAUGUCUUGCUACUGUAACAGCCAGCAUUAACAAAACAUUCUGUGGGUUAUGUGGAUUCUUUUCCGUCUCCCUAAACCUAUGCAGUUCAUAUAGUGUACCUUGAAGUAGCCUGAUCACCGAUUUCUUCUGAAGAGUUGGAUGAGUGUGUACUUAUUUUGCACAUAUUUAUUGUAAAUACUUAGUCAUCCCACAACAGCAAGCUUUUAUCUGCAUUAUUGCUUGAAGAUAAUUUGGAAAGCACUACAUCAGACUGAACUUGCAGCAGCUAAAGGUUUUAAAAUGCAGAAUGUACCUAAAACCUUUACAAAGGUUUUGAUCUUUGUGUUAACGACUAUCCAUAUUCAUGCAGUACCCUGUAAAGACCAUGGUGUUACCACUAAAGGCAGAACAGAAAUGGAAGGAUGCAAUUUGUGCUGCAGUCUCUCUGAAUAACUGUACGUGUCAAAUGCUGAAGCUUAGUGAACCUGUUCAGAUCCAUAAUCUGCUGAAAACAUGGAGUAAGAGUUGCAUCUGAACAGUUCAGUUUACUUUCUGUAUGAAAUUGUGCCUUUGUGUAACAGAGAGACUGCACUUUAUUUAAUCAGUGAUGGCAAACUGAUACUUUUUAAGGAAAUGGUGGAAAUAGAAAGCACCUGUAAAGUAAGACUAGAGACAUCGUAAGAAAGGUUUAUGUAAAGGCAUAAUUUUUCACCAGUAAAGGCAUCAUUCAGAGAACUAACAGAUUUGAUGCGAAGAAAUGAUUACACUGUCCUGAGCAAAAAUAUGUACAAGUUCUACUUCGAUGUUCAUAGGCUUGCUGUUUUUAUACAUUUAUUACAGUGGACACAAGUGUCCCUAAACUAGGGCAUUGUCAGGACUUGCUUGGGGUCACACGGCAUGCAAAUGUAUAUAGAAGGACUCGUACUGUGUACCCUGGACUUACAGGAAGCAGUUUGUGAGUCUUAAUCCUCAGUGCUAACUACUCGAGGGUUUUAUUUAACCUAAAAAAGUAUAAAUGCUGUUAAGAUUUUUUUUUUGUUACAUUUAAAAUAACCACGUGAUUUAAUUUAAUAUGACAUAUAAUAAGACACGCAAGUGCACUUCCCACUAAAUGUUAUAUUCUGUCUGUGAGCAACCAACUAAACUGUCAGGCUUUUAUUAUAUUUCAUUAAAAGGGAAGUGUGCAACAGCUGUCAGAAGGGUUAAACUACAAACAGAAUGUACUGCUGUCUACAGAUGUUUAAUGGUACUGUACUAUCUCAUGGAUCUAAAACUGCCUCCGAAUUGGCAGUGAUCGAGUCAAAGAUGCACUUUUUACAGGUGCUAUGCGACUAGAAAAUGGAAACUACUGUACAAAUUGUAAAGAUGCAGCUGCCACCAGAGGGAACGUUCAAAAAAAAUUAAUGCCUUUCCCCAUCAGACUGAAUUAGGAACUCUUGGAGCUGGGAAUUAACCCUUACCAUGUGCAUUUCCACUCUGUUCCAGAUCUGGUGCAAAAGGACUGUUUUUGAUUUAUAUUGUCAUUAAGGACAGCCUGCGCCAAUAUCUUCAUAACUGCAGCCUGCUAAGAGACUGUAUUGGUGGUACCAGUGCACCUUCAACAUCAAUAGUAGUAGACAUGUCUUUAACUGCCGAUAAAGAGGACACCAUGGUCUCAAAGAUGUAUUUUUGGCUAUUUUGUAAGUUAACUGUCUUAAGUUGUCAGUGAGUUGUAGUACGGGAACCCCAAAUUAAAUGUCUUCAAAGAUGAAGACAUGAAUUUUUGUUUGCCCAAAAUGUUAUUUGUCUUCCUUUCCUUCAGUAGUGUAGCACAGAGGAUUAAGGAAUGGUCCUGGAUUUAAUUGGUCUCCAUUUAGUAUGUGACUGAGCUGCAUAGUUAACCAGACAGUGCUCUUAGGUCACCCCUGAUAAGAGUGUUUGCCCAGUGAGAUUACCAAAUUAAAUAAAUAAAAAUGGUUGGCUGCUGUACGCAAAAUCCUUGGUCACCAUGUGACAUCUUUUCAAAGGUGUGGACUUGUGUGAAAUGAGAUGAAGUAAAAAAAAAAAAAAUCAAAACACACCGUACAAAACUUCCUAUUUUAUAGAGCAAUUUUUUUCAUCUGCAGUACAGCUGUUAAUGAAAUAUAAUGUUAGAGUUACUUUGUUAUCAAAUGCUAUUUAAGUCUGCGUGUUAGAAACUGCAGGAAUGCAUUAACCAGCAUUUGCUGAGUUUUACCCAGAGGUUUCAAAAAAUUGAAUUUUAAUGCUGUAUUUUAUAACUACAUUUAUUUAGUAGACAUAUUUGUUUUUGUGAUGUACUGCUUUGGAAUAUGUGGAAUGUUCACCAUCCAAGAGCUUAAAAGGAAUUCUUGGCACAUAUUCAACCUCGUAUUGACUUCAGAAAGAUUGCUUUUGAGUGAUGCUCUGGGACCACUGGGAAUGUUCUAAAUGUAUACUGUAUGUGUUUUUUUGUGGGGGGAGAUGUGACAUGGUUGCUGUUUUUAUGGUAAUUGUAUUUUUUGUGUGUGAUGAACUGUAGGAGGGUUUUCAGAUAUUCUGCUGCUGGUGCUUGAACAUUCAGAUUCUUAGCCAAAGUUAGUUUAGAAGGCUAAGAAUUAUUUCCAGUUCCUUUUAGCUUUUUUUUUUGGUCUAGCAGUAGUGAGUUCUGAAAUACAAGCAUUUAGCAGCAGUUAGAAAUGUACUUGUCCAUGUAUUUUUGUACCACUUUGUUUUGAAAACCUUAUCUAAUAAGUCUUUGUUUGCUUGAUUAAGUAAAAUGAAUUGUGACUCUUCUGUUUUUAGAAGCAUUUUAUCAUUUUGAGUUGGACUGUUUUGAUGUAGCUAGCAUAGUGAGUUAGUGUUUUUUAAUGAGAGUUUGGGUAAGACUGAUUUGCCCUUGCAAAUUCAUCAAACUGUUUUCAUCACCAGUAUAACCAGAUAGUUCAAUCAAGUUUUACUUUGAAAUAAUUUUCUCCGUUGACAUGUAAACCAGUAGAAGUGCCAUAUUUUAUAGAAUGGUUUAUCCUCUUUCAGUAGUGAGUUUAAGGAGGAAAAUAAAAAGAAAUGACAGAUUACAAACAGGAACUUACAAUGUUGAUGUCAUAGUAAAAAUUCUCAUUGUCAGGUUAUGCUACCAUAAUGUUAUGCUCAACAAAUAAAGCAGUUAUGAACUACCUCAAAA